UCUGCAACUUUCUUUGAAUGCGGUCGAGUGCGGUUGUGCGACGGGCGAUUGUUGUUAUUUAUCUGCCGAAAACGAAACUGAAUCCAGCCGGCAAUUAGCAUCCCACCCCCUGUCUUCGACCGCCGGAAUACCGCUCCCUCAAAGAAACCUAGAGAAAACGCAGGAUCGAAAGGACACCAUGGCUAUGCAACGGGAAGCUGGAGUGCAGGACUUCGUCCUCCUCGACCAAGUGUCCAUGGAGAAGUUCAUGGAUAACCUGAGAAAGCGAUUCCAAAACGGAUCCAUCUACACAUACAUCGGCGAGGUGUGCGUCUCGAUGAAUCCGUACAGACAGAUGAACAUCUACGGUCCGGAGACCAUUCGCAAGUACAAGGGUCGGGAGCUCUUCGAGAAUGCCCCACAUUUGUUCGCCAUCGCCGAUUCCGCCUACAGGGUGCUCAAGCAGCGCCAGCAGGACACCUGCAUCCUGAUUUCCGGUGAGUCCGGUGCGGGCAAAACGGAGGCCUCCAAGAUCAUCAUGAAGUACAUUGCGGCGGUGACGAAUGCCCAGGGUCAGAACGAAAUCGAGAGAGUCAAGAACGUUCUGAUCCAGAGCAAUGCGAUCCUGGAAACCUUCGGCAACGCCAAGACGAACCGCAACGACAACUCCAGCCGCUUUGGAAAGUACAUGGACAUCGAGUUCGACUACAAGGCGGAUCCCGUGGGUGGCAUCAUCACCAACUAUCUGCUCGAGAAGUCGCGCGUGGUGCAGCAGCAGCCGGGCGAGCGGAACUUCCAUAGUUUCUACCAGCUGCUGCGUGGAGCCAACGACAACGAGCUGCGGCAAUAUGAACUGCAAAAGGAAACGGGCAAGUACCACUACUUGAACCAGGGCAGCAUGGACAUACUGACGGAGAAGUCCGACUACAAGGGCACCUGCAACGCCUUCAAGACCCUGGGCUUCACCACGGAUGAGGUGCAGACCAUUUGGCGCACAAUUGCCGCUGUCUUGCAUCUGGGAAAUGUGGAGUUCCAAACCAUUGAGGAUGAGCUGGUGAUCAGCAACAAGCAACACCUGAAAUCCACGGCCAAGCUGCUCCAGGUCACCGAAUCCGAGCUGUCCACGGCACUGACCAAACGGGUUAUUGCGGCCGGUGGAAAUGUGAUGCAGAAGGAUCACAACGCCACGCAGGCGGAGUACGGAAAGGAUGCUCUGGCCAAGGCAAUCUACGACCGUCUCUUCACCUGGAUCAUCUCCCGCAUCAACAGGGCAAUCCUAUUCCGCGGCAGCAAGACGCAGGCGCGAUUCAAUUCGGUCAUCGGAGUGCUGGACAUUUACGGCUUCGAGAUCUUCGACAGCAACAGCUUUGAGCAGUUCUGCAUCAACUAUUGCAACGAGAAAUUGCAGCAGUUAUUCAUAGAACUUGUGCUUAAACAGGAGCAAGAGGAGUACCAGCGUGAGGGCAUUGAAUGGACCAAUAUUGAAUACUUCAACAACAAGAUCAUUUGCGAUCUCGUGGAGCAGCCGCACAAGGGCAUCAUUGCCAUCAUGGACGAGGCCUGCCUCAGCGUGGGCAAGGUGACGGACGACACACUUCUGGGGGCCAUGGACAAGAACCUGAGCAAGCAUCCGCACUACACCAGUCGCCAGCUGAAGCCCACGGACAAGGAGCUGAAGCAUCGCGAGGAUUUCCGUAUCACCCACUACGCCGGCGAUGUGAUCUACAACAUCAAUGGAUUCAUCGAGAAGAACAAGGAUACGCUGUAUCAGGACUUUAAGCGCCUGCUGCACAACUCCGAGGAUGCUAACCUAAGCGAGAUGUGGCCCGAGGGAGCACAGGAUAUCAAGAAAACCACCAAGAGACCAUUGACAGCCGGCACCUUGUUCCAGAGAUCGAUGGCUGAUCUGGUGGUUACUCUGCUCAAGAAGGAACCCUUCUAUGUGCGCUGCAUCAAACCCAAUGACCUAAAGAGCUCCACAGUUUUCGAUGAGGAGCGUGUGGAGCACCAGGUGCGAUACCUUGGCCUACUGGAGAACUUACGCGUUCGUCGAGCCGGAUUCGUUCAUCGCCAACGCUAUGAUAAGUUCCUGCUCCGCUACAAGAUGAUCUCGCAGUACACUUGGCCCAAUUUCCGUGCGGGAAGCGAUCGCGAUGGUGUCCGUGUGCUGAUCGAGGAGAAGAAAUUCGCCCAGGACGUUAAGUACGGACACACGAAGAUCUUUAUACGCUCGCCACGCACCCUGUUUGCUCUGGAGCAUCAGAGGAACGAGAUGAUCCCACACAUUGUGACGCUGCUGCAAAAGCGAGUGCGUGGAUGGAUUGUGAGAAGAAACUUUAAGAAGAUGAAGGCGGCCAUUAUGAUCAUGCGCGCCUAUAGGGCCUACAAGCUGCGUAGCUACGUCCAGGAGCUGGCCAACCGCUUCCGGAAAGCCAAGCAGAUGCGCGACUACGGCAAGAGCAUCCAGUGGCCACAGCCGCCGCUCGCCGGGCGCAAGGUGGAGGCUAAGCUGCACCGUAUGUUCGAAUUCUGGCGAGCCAACAUGAUCCUGCACAAAUAUCCUUGCAGUGAGUGGCCGCAGUUACGCCUGCAGAUUAUCGCCGCCACUGCGCUGGCCGGAAGGCGACCCUAUUGGGGUCAAGCCCGCCGCUGGGUGGGUGAUUAUCUGGCCAACGUGCAGGAAAACAGCGGAUAUGAGGCCUACAGCGCGAGCAUAAAGAACAUAAGGAACCACCUCGCCGACGGCGAGACCUUCCAGCAAGUGCUCUUCUCCUCAUUCGUCAAGAAGUUCAACCAUUGCAACAAACAGGCUAAUCGCGCCUUCAUCGUUUCCGAUUCGACUAUCUACAAACUGGACGGAAUCAAGAAUAAAUUUAAGGACAUGAAACGCAACAUUAAAAUUAGGGAGUUGACGUCCAUUAGCGUCUCACCCGGCCGGGAUCAACUGAUCGUCUUCCACUCGCCGAAAAACUUGGAUUUGGUGUUUUCCCUGCAUAGCGAGUACACGCCCCUCAAGGAAGAUCGCAUUGGCGAAGUGGUGGGCAUUGUCUGCAAGAAAUACCAUGACCUCACCGGAACCGAGUUGCGUGUGAAUGUGAGCACCAAUAUUGCCUGCCGCCUGCACGGCAGGGCACGCAUCAUUACUGUGGAGGCGGCGUCCAAUGUGGAGGUGCCCAACUUCCGUCCUAAAGAGGGCAACAUCAUCUUCGAGGUGCCGGCGGCGUACUGCGUUUAGGCGGAGUCAACUCCGUCCAACUGUAUUGUAAAUUAUGAAACCUAGUUUUAAGAAUGGCCUCGACAGCCCUCUUUUCUACUUGUGACCCAAGUGUCCCAACAAGGACAUGACGACUCUGUGUAUACCGUGCCUUCCGCUUUGUAGUUUUUAAUACGUCAUUCUAUUUAGUCCUAUCUGUUUUUCUGUUCUGUGUCUUUGUUUGAUCGACAACAUGAUUGUAAUUUUGUAAAUUUUUCUAUUACGUAUGCGUUAAGGCGAUAUUUAUUUAACAUCCAUGUGAGAGGACCACCACCUCCGCCGGUUGAGCUGGCCGACGAAAACAACGAAAAGUAUUAAAUGUACUUUGUGCAUUUCUUCAAAUAUGAUUCACAGCACACAAGAAACCAUAACGAUCAGUAAAAUGUUUGUACUUAAAGCGAAAGAUCACAAACAUGUGUGCCAUUUGCAAAUAUUUUUGAAAUAAUAUACAAAAUAAAAGAUGUAAACUUUGUACUUGA